UUUAGAACAGUGGAAGAGGACAUGUACCGAACUGAUUAAGCAUUUUUCAUUUUUAUGUAGACAAGAGUGAUGGCAAUCCACCUCAACAGUGAUGGGGAGUUUGCGGGACUGUUCUAUGUUGGGGCAGCCAAAUUCAUCGAGCCGCUGCAAGUAUUUGUGGCCGGUGAUAUAGUAGGAUUUAUCCAUGUUUAUUCUUACGAAAAAGUGGAGAAGCUGCAGAAGUUUAGAGCUCACGCGAAUAACGUCACGUCACUGGCGGUUCACCCCAGUGAGCCAUUAGUGCUCUCGGCAUCUCGGGACAAACUGAUCAAACUUUGGAACUGGGAGGCUGGCUGGCAGUGCAUACGGACAUUCCAAGGACACUCGGACAUUGUGUGGCAAGUCAAGUUCAACCCGCGGACUGCGGGAAACACUUUUGCUAGUUGCUCAGAAGACUCCACGAUAAAGAUCUGGAACAUGGAUUCUCCUACUCCCGUCGCCUCAUUCGAGUGCAGUCAAGAAUUUGCUUUUGGUCUUGAUUAUUUCUGCCCGGGUGGGGCUUUGCAGUAUUUGGUUACAUGCAGUGCGUGUGACGGGAGUGCAGAGAUCUGGGAUUUGCAAUCAAAUACAUGUAUUGAACUUGUCAACGGAUUACAAGAAUAUGGCUGUAAUAUUGCUGUGGUUGAAGGUCCCUCAGAUCGUCCGAUUCUACUUACAGUGUCAGCGGACCACACUGUUGCUUUUUGUAACUCAACAACUCACAGGUAUGAGAACAGGGUUAACUUUAAUUUGGGACUUGUCAUGGACUUUGCAUACAUUACCAUGACAAAAAGCAUUGCCGUCCUAUGUGACAAGGGAAUUGCAAUCAUGGAAAUCGAUUGAUCUUCCACAAAGAUCCAGUUUCUAGCGAAGGUGACGGCUGUGGCUUUUGACGUUUACUCGGUACAGUACGCUCUGUAUGAUGACAAUCCUGGUUGAUCUUGAUGGAUCGUUUUGUAUCUGUCACCACGUACAUUUUUGAAGCGCCCAUUGUACUUUUAGCAGAUACCAUCAUCUUCGAAAUAAAGGAGCCGAGAAAUGUUUACAACAAAUUGGUGCGAGGCGUCAACAUGUAUCUCGCGUCGUUCGUGUUAACAUGUAUCUCGCGACCGUCGCAAAAGGCGAACGGAAACACUGACCAACCAUCUGUGACGUUUCA